CGGCGGGUGCGUGUUUCCGGAAGACGUGGCCGCUCCCGCCGAUCCCGAUCCCGAUCCCGAUCCCGCCGCUCCCGGCCCCGCUCCGCCCGCUCCCGCCGCCACCAUGAUCUCCCUGUCCGACACGCAGAAGAUUGGAAUGGGACUAACAGGCUUUGGAGUGUUUUUCCUUUUCUUUGGAAUGAUACUCUUCUUUGACAAAGCUCUUUUGGCUAUUGGAAAUGUUUUAUUUGUGGCCGGCUUGUCUUUUGUUAUCGGUUUAGAAAGAACGUUUAGAUUCUUCUUUCAAAAACACAAAAUGAAAGCAACAGGCUUCUUCCUGGGUGGUGUGCUCAUAGUUCUCAUUGGUUGGCCUUUAAUAGGAAUGAUCCUUGAAAUUUAUGGGUUCUUCCUAUUAUUCAGGGGGUUCUUUCCUGUGGUGGUUGGCUUUAUUAGAAGAGUUCCAGUUCUUGGAUAUCUCUUGAAUUUACCUGGUAUAAGCUCGCUUGUAGAUAAAGUUGGAGAGAGCAACAACAUGGUAUAAUGACGAGAGGGCCGAAGACUGAUUCUAAACUUACUGUAUUAUUUAUAAAAUCCUUUUGAAGAAUACUCAGCACAAAGAUUAAGUUGUGUACAAAGGAAAAAGCUUGUUACAUUCUUUAUAUAACAGUUUAAUUUAAAAUGUAUAGUCAACAAAAUACAUUAGAAAAGAAGCUCGGCAAGUAUGCUUCUAGGAAAGUCACUCCAGAGUUCAGGAAUUAAACUGAAGAGGUGAAAGUCAUGGAAUAACCCAUGCUACAACUGUUCAAGACUAUUUUUGUUGGUUUUGGAAAACAUGCUAGAGGCAAUGAACCCUUGUGGAAUUGACGGUGCCUGUGCUUUACCUCCUUAUUUUGAAGGUGCAGUAGAGCAAACAGGCCUACGUUUUUUAAGGGUGACCCAAAUUUACCAACCCUCUGCUUGCUAUCCUCAGAGUGCAAAAAAAUCCAACAGGAAACUUCUUGUGUAACAAGAGAUGCAUCUUUGCAUGAAGGUUAAGAUGACUAUUCAUCUAUAAGUGUAUUAUGACAAUAAAAAGGAAACCCUCCACAGUCCUGUUACAAACAUUUUUGUAAAUAUGUGGCUGAAAUAAAACAUUUUUAUCUUAAUGUUUCAAAGCCAAACGUCAGUUGAUUGUAUUUGCCUUCCGUUUUGGAAUAUGCAAAAGGUCAAUCUUUAAUAACUUCAGUCUUAAAUUGGUUGGUUCUGAACAUGUAGAGCUCAAUAGGGAACUCUGGAAACCGGCUUGCAUUCCUUCCAGGUUUGUUCUCCGUGAGUCAUGUUACAUGUGCAUCCACAGGAGAAUGUAGCCCCUUGUUAGUAACAUGAAAACUGUGUAAGAUAUGCUUAGUUCACAAAAAAAUGCAUUAGGUUGAGGUGCUGAUGUGAACCCUGUGAAAUGUAACUUAUCAGAAUUUGGACCUUUGUUUUUAAACAGUUUGAAACUAAGGUUUCUUUGUUUACUCUGGAACUACACAUUGACUUUAUUUUUUACAGUAAUAAAAUGAAAACU